AUGGUUCAGCAAAAAAGGAAGGUUGUAGAAGGAAGCAAAAAGACAUUUGAAAAUACCGAGACGGAACCAACGAUCGAGAAAAUUGGGGAGCUUGAACGUGGAAUUGCACAAAAUAAAGCGAAUUACAAUGAUAUACUUACUCUUCUCGAAUUAACAGAGCAUCAAGCGCCAAAAGUUAUACACGCAUCAAUCCACGCAUUAUAUCGCAUAUUUACUCCGCUACUAUCGAGAGGGGAAUUGUUACGGCCAAAGAAGGUGUCAAAAGAUGAUACCGACAAAGCAACCAUAGCAUUGUGGUUGAGGGAUAACUAUGUGAAGUUUGUUAAUCGGCUGUGCGAGCUACUUAAACGUGCUGAUUCUGAACUACAGAUUUCUUCAUUGAAAAUUCUAUUGGAUCUCUUAAAGACAGAAUCUAUACAGUUGACCUCAUUAUCUGGAACUCAUCACUUUGCCAAUAAUCAUUAUUAUCGAGUAGUUGAAUCAUUGCUCAACAAUCAUAAUUUUAACGAUCCUCUGCGAAAGGAAUUUGUGGAGAAAUAUUUUGGAGUUUAUGAUGAUUUACGAUUUUAUUUUCUGAAAGACGCCGUCAAGGUCAUAAACAAUGCUCUUGAUAACGUCAACAAGAAGGAUAACACUGAACCUAUAUUAAAGAAGUCUUCAGAUAAGCCUGAUGUCCAGAAUAUGAAUAUUCUGAUGGAGAAUAUAUUUUCGAUACUGGAAAAGUUACGAACCAUGCCCACAGAACCAUCAGAAAUUGAUGACUUUUGGACUGGUCAUCCAACUCCCAAUCUCGAAAGUAAACCAGAAAAAGACCAAGCAGAGGAAGACAAUUCAGCAUAUCUGUCAUCAUCUUCAUCCAUCGAAGAUGAAUCUCCUCGGAUAAAAUCCGUUCAACCAUCAAAGAAAUCUGUUCCAGCGAUUCUAACGCUUGCGGCUCAUAAGAGAGCAUUUAAUGACUGUUGGUUGGCGUUAUUGAAACUUCCAAUGACUGAAGAGUCAUAUAAGAAAAUUUUACUCAUGAUGCACAAGAAGGUCAUUCCACACAUGACUCAGCCGACUAUGCUAAUGGAUUUCCUAACUCAGUCAUACGAUGCCGGGGGCGUAAUAAGUUUACUCGCGUUGAAUGGAUUAUUUACACUCAUUCAUGAGCAUAAUCUCGAUUAUCCAGACUUUUACAAGAAACUUUAUAGUCUGUUUGAUAGGGAUUUGAUGCACGUGAAAUAUCAAUCCCGAUUCUUUCGCCUUGCUGAUCUGUUUCUUGCUUCAACGCAUUUACCAGUGCAGUUAAUCGCAUCAUUUAUCAAACGAAUGUCGCGGUUAGCACUUGCGAGUCCUCCUCACGGAAUCAUAAUUAUAUUACCAAUGAUAUAUAACUUGAUAAAAAAACAUCCUGCAUGUAUGGCGUUGAUUCAUCGUGCUAAUGAGGAUGGGCAGAAACAUGCUUGUGGAAGCUCCACUGGGACGGAUCCUUACGAUUUCUACGAACAAGAUCCAAUGAAGACUGGUGCAAUAGAUAGUUCUUUAUGGGAAUUGAAAACAUUACAGGAGCAUUACUAUCCGAACAUAGCAACACUAGCUAAAAUAUUUCAAGAGAAAUUUACAAAACCCAAUUACAAUCUUGAGGGCUUUCUGGAUAAUAACUAUACAACGUUAUUCGAAAUUGAGAUGAACAAAAAAUCAAAAAAGAAUAGGGACCCUCCCCUUGCAUUUGAGAAACCUAAAUCCCUAUUCCCUGACAAUGCAGAUGAAGACAGUACUGCGCCGUCAUUCGGUCUGCAAUUCUAUUGUUGA